AUUGCAUCAUCACCACGAUUAGUAAUUUAAAAUUGGGUUCUCUUCAGCAAACCCAGAAGGCUGCCUUUUCCAAGCAACCCACCCCUUAAAACGUUACAACCACGUUUUCGACACAGAGCCACCCCCACCAUGCAUAUAUCUUUAUAUGCAUAAUUCUUUUUAAUACUACGUGGUUCAGUCAAGCACGUUUCAUGGUAUACUUGAUGAAGAGAAUCUAGAAAGAAAGAACGAUCAAUGCAUGCACUUUUUCUUCUUCUUUUUUUCUUUUUCCAAGUAUUUUAAUUAGUCUGCUUUCGUUUUCUUCAAUUCCAUUAAUGCUUGACAUUUUUAGGGUUCUCCAUUCCACUCAAGAUUAUCUUCAGCUUGGAAAUUUAAGCCCUGAGUUAUGAAUGUUAAGCACUGAACUAUGUCUAUAUGAGUUACACUGUAGCAAGUAAUUAACUAUGUCUAUAUGAAGUAGAUUACAUAACAUUGUUUACAUUAAUUUUUUAAUUAAAAAACUUCAUAUUAAGUAUGCUAGUUGGGUGACAUGAAAAGUAUUUUAUAUUUUUUAGAUUGACGAAUUGUUAAUAAGUCUUGCUUUUCGCUGGCCGUGCAAAUCAAUUAAAUAAUUUCAACGUGAGGAAAUUUAAAUUUUAAAAUCAUCUCAAUAUUGUCAGGGUUUACAUCAGCUACGAGAUGAUAAAUGCCAAACUGCUAGAAGGAUAAUCUUAUAUGAAUUUCAAAUCUUAGAUAAAGUAAAAAUUUGCAAAAGAAAUUAAGCAGUUUGUUGGGCAGCUAGCUAUAUGUAACUGGGUAAUUAAUAGACCAAUAAUAUUCCUAAUAGCUCAUCAAUAGAAAGUCUAAUUAUUUGAAUAAUAUUACAAAGACAUUGACACGUGGGGGAAGGUGAAUGGAAGCCCCAUAUGAGGUGUAGCUACUUCUGCAAGCUAGCUAAUUAAAUAGCUACUUCUUUUGAAAAUUAAGCUGCCAGUACUGCAUGCGUCUAUUGUUCAGAGACUCAAAAAGUCAUGAGGGCAGCUAGCACUCCAUCUUAAAUCUUAUGAGUGUAAAUUUAUAUAUAUACAUAUCUGGUUUUGAGGGUUAUUCCCUCUCCCAUGAAUGAAUGAAAACUGCACCUAGCUGCCAUGACUUCAUCAUUAAGUAAAACCAAAAGCAGCAACUCCAGCAGUACUGAAGAAGAUGCAGAGGUGAUGAGGAGAGGGCCGUGGACUCCUGAAGAAGAUGAUCUUCUCAUUCAAUACAUUGCUUCUCAUGGGGAAGGCCGUUGGAAUCUGCUUGCAAAAUGCGCUGGAUUAAGGAGAAGCGGGAAGAGUUGCAGAUUGAGAUGGCUGAAUUACUUGAAGCCUGACGUGAAGCGUGGAAAUCUGAGUCUGCAAGAGCAACUGUUGAUUCUUGAACUGCAUUCCAAGUGGGGAAACAAGUGGUCCAAGAUUGCCCAGCACUUGCCAGGGAGAACAGAUAACGAGAUCAAAAACUACUGGAGAACUCAAGUCCAAAAACAAGCACGCUACCUUAACAUUGACUCCAACAGCGCUGCUUUUCAGAACGUCAUCAAAUGCUUUUGGAUGCCCAAAUUGCUUCAGAAGAUUGAAGCAGGCCAGCCAUCUUCCCAAACCACACCACUACAGCUUCCUCCUCAACCCUUCACGACUGCACCGCCACCGCCGACGCCACCGACGCCUCAGCUUUCGCCGCCACAAGGUCCUCCGGAUGCCUCGGAAGAGCGCCCAGAAGAUUCUUUUGAAGCCAUGUUGGGCAGUAGCAGUAUUAAUGAUGGCAUGGAACUCUUCAGCUUGGAUAGUUUUCAGAUCACUCCAGUGGCUGGGAAUUAUCAAACGGUGGGAAGUGAUUGGGGGGGAAAUGAUUUGGCAGAUUGUUUUUGGAACAUGGAUGAUGAGUCGUUGUAGCAGUUUUAAUUUGCUGCCGGAAAUAUUUAUUACCCUACUUACCUUCAACCGUACUGUAUACUUCAUCACGUACCUACGUUUGUGAUUUAGAUUAGAUAUAUAUCGAUCUCUGUUAUGAUGAAUUUGAUGAGCAAUUUGUAAAUUUUUUCCCCACGUACCCACAGCAAAGAGGAAUUAAAUAAAUGUUUGUUAUGUUUUUGACACAUA